AUGCCGGCUAUUACAAUCACUGACCAGGAUCAGUUCACCAACUUGACGACGUCGGAGGCAGGGUCGAAGUUGAUCGUCCUUUACUUCCGUACGAAUUGGGCAGAGCCUUGUAAGCAACUCGACGUGCUGUACAAUGCAAUUGCAGACGAUUCGUCCAGCGAGGAGGUCUCGUUCUUGACGAUCGAUGCUGAUGAAUUGGGGGAUAUCGUGGAACUGUUCGAUGUCAGCGCGGUCCCGUACUUCGUCAUCAUUAGAGACGGCACGAUCUUAAGAGAACUGUCCACGGCAGACCCUAAGGAGUUUGUCACAGCUUUGGAUGAGUGCAAGAGUGCCCCGGUUGAGGGCUAUGAAAGUGAGGGUGAAGGUGAGGAUGAAGAGGAGGAGGAGACAAAGGAGGAAGUUGAAGCUAAGUUGAACAAACUGGUUAGUGCAGCACCUGUGAUGUUGUUCAUGAAGGGUAGUCCCUCAGAACCUAAAUGUGGGUUCUCAAGACAGAUUGUAGGGAUACUAAGAGAACAUCAGGUGCGGUUUGGGUUCUUCGAUAUCUUGAGAGACAGUACAGUGCGGGAAAACUUGAAGAAUUUCUCAGACUGGCCAACUUUCCCACAACUGUAUAUUAACGGAGAAUUCCAAGGCGGGUUGGAUAUCAUCAAGGAGUCCCUGGAAGAUGACCCUGAAUACUUCCAACACACAAUCCAACAGCAGUCAUGA